GGAUUCUUGGGUUCUUAUGGCGGUCUAGGCUGGCUGUCUCAGGGGCCGUCACCCGCUAGCCAUCACGACCCAAGCUUAAGACGAGUCCGACUCCCAUCAAGGGGACCGACGUCGUACCCAAUCCCAUCCAAGCAAGACUCAUUUCAUUCCAACUCUCCUCCGACCGCCAUUGCGUCUCCUCGUCCUCAAUUCAAUCUCCUUUGGCAGCAUUGUAAGGCCUUACUAUAUAGUAUAUCGAAAAGGAAGCUCCUUGCUCUCUUACUUCUACACUUAUUCAAUCCACUCAAAGCCCCAACCUUCACUAGCCGGCCAUCAUGACCACGCGAUAUAGAGUAGAAUAUGCCCUCAAAACCCACAGGAGAGAUCAAUUCAUUGAGUGGAUCAAGGGAUUGCUGGCCGUCCCUUUCGUGCUUUACUCGCAGCCAACAGGCGUAUUUGAGACCAAUGGUGCCAGUGUCACCCAGAUGUCCGAGGAGGCGCACAGACGCUAUGCCGAGAUUAUGAGAGACGUCGAGGUUAUGAUUGAUGACCAUAUCGCCCACCAAGCACAGAUCAAUGUGAUCCCUUCCAAGUUGAAGCUUCUGGUUCCCCCGAUAGGCAAUUUCUUCACGAGACUUCCAUUGGAAGCAGCGUUCAAAUUUCAAGACCGCAAACGUUUUAUCUCGUCGCGGCGCUUCGUCUCGCCAUCGUUUAACGAUGUGCGUCUGAUUCUUAACACGGCGCAGCUGAUGGCGGUUACCACGCAGGGUACCCUCAAGCUCGCGACCUUCGAUGGAGAUGUCACACUUUACGAUGAUGGCCAGAGUCUAGAACCAGCCAGCCCCAUCAUAUCCCGUAUGAUCGAUCUGAUGCACAAGAACGUCAAGAUCGGCAUCGUCACUGCCGCAGGUUACACCACGGCAGAUCGGUACUACGCGCGUCUGCACGGGCUAUUAGAUGCGAUUGCCCAGUCGACUGUUCUCACACCGCAACAGAGACAGAACAUCGUCAUCAUGGGUGGAGAGGCUAAUUACAUGUUUGAGUUCAGUCCUACAUCCCCUCACCUGCUGGCCCCUGUACCUCAGGAACGCUGGCUUACGGCCGAGAUGUCUACUUGGUCCGACGCAAGCAUCAAAGGUCUGUUAGACGUAGCCGAGGCUGCACUACGCGACUGCAUCAAGACUAUGAGUUUGCCAGCCACUCUCAUGCGCAAGGAUCGCGCUGUUGGGAUCAUCCCUAGCGAUCCGAACGUGCGCAUUCCGCGAGAAUCGCUUGAAGAGACAGUGCUCGUGGUACAAAAGAUCCUGGAACUCAGUGUUGGUGGCACCGACCGCAACAACAAAGUCGUGCCAUUCUGUGCGUUCAACGGAGGCCGAGACGUGUUCGUCGAUAUCGGCGACAAGAGCUGGGGUGUAUCUGUUUGCCAGGAGUGGUUUGGCGGAAGGGCUGGCAAUCGAUCAAUCAAACCCGAGGAGACCUUGCAUGUCGGAGACCAAUUCCUGAGCGCUGGAAGUAAUGAUUUCAAAGCACGGAGUGUAGCAACCACCGCGUGGAUUGCUAGCCCUACAGAGACUGUGGACCUCUUAGAUGAGCUCGCGGACUUCAUGACUAAAAAGUUGAGUUAGUUUGCCGUCAAAUGACGCUUUGUUUGUCUCUACUUUCUGCAUUUUGAGGACAGGAUCUUGCUAGCGAUUAGUAUCAUAUACCAUAUAGUUCGAAUAUUUUGGAAGAGACGAGUUCAGAAAGAGAAGCUAUUAUUUACCAAUAAUGAACGCCUAAGGCUCCUGUGUUCAAAUGAGAGAUUGGAUGUUGAGCUCUGCUAUAGUCUAGGGGGUGAAAAGUGAGAGCCCCUGGUUCAGAGCAUCCGGCGGUUAUCAAAUCACAUCCCCGCCCCCCCACACCACGAACAAUAUCUUGGUGAACUUCCUCAUCAUAAAUAUUGAAUAUUGAAUGUUAUUAUACGCAAAGUGAAAUGAAAUGCAGUUCAGAGUACCGCAAAAAUCAUGAGCAUAUAAGUCUGGGGAAGGGCAGAGGAGGCCGCCCCAUCACCAACUGUGUACAGAUAACUACCGCUCUAGUCAGAUGAAGAGA